GCAGACCGCGAAGAUGGGCAAUCGCCACUUCUGGGACGCAGAGAGGGUCCAGGCCGUGUUGAGAGCGGUGUCUUGUCGGCUAGAGAGCUUGAGUCUCGGCCAGAGUGGCAGUCCGGAUGCCAAGAAUAUGGGCGACCCUGAACAACAGGACGGCAGGUUGGAAUCGCACCUUUCCGAAGGAGAGUCUCUGCGUUAUCCGUUCCCCGAUGUCCCAAAUUUGGUGGAAGGGGGCUGUCACCCGACCAAACCUAUAGUGGACUGGAAGAUGGGCGAGAUCUUGGAGUUGAUGAGGGAGCAUUGUGACUUCUCCUGUGAGCACGCCGAUGGCUCUUUCCUGGACCACCUGGAGUUCUGCAGGGACUACUCCGCCCUCCACUACAGCAGGGAGAGCCCGCGGAUUCUCUUCCUGCACUCCAUCCUCGGGGCUGCCACCAACCAGUUCCCUCUGCCGGCGAACAAGAUCGACAAGUUGCAGGACUGCCUGACCCCACUAGAGUUCCUCCACGUGCAGUGUUUCCCAACGAUGCUGAGGCUGAUGAAGGGGACCAACCUGCUCAGGGACAUUUAUCACCUCUGGCGCACCGACUCCCGCUUCCGUUCUCCGGACUCCUCGGGUGUGUACCUGAAGAUUUUCAGGGUGAUCGACAACGCGCCUCUGGUGCUGAGUUUGGAGGAGGUGUGGGUUCAGCUGAACCUCCUGCUCAUCCACUCUCUAGACUUCAUCCCGGAGAUGGGUUGGAGGAAGUUUGAGGCGAAGAAGGACCCUUUUCUAGACGAGUUUCUGCAGCUGUCCAUUCUGCUGAGGGUGUGUGGACAGUUGAGGUGUGAUGUGAGGAUGCCGCAGCAGUUCGGAAUCGUGAAUCUGGAAAACCAGUCCAGCUAUGCCCGGAAGCUUGCGCGCAGCGGUGACUUCAAGCUGCCCGACAAUUUCCAGUCAUUCCAGUGCGCCUUGGACCCGGAGUUCAACGCAGCUCUGGGUGGUGAGCAGACUGUAGACGCCGAUUUCCCUGACACUCUCCUGUCGAAAGUCUUGGUGCAGAACUUGCCAGCCUGGGUCAUUCAGCCUCUAGCGAGGCGGGAGAUCCACAAGCUGUCGGAUCGGAUCGGUUUUCGGCUGGACUACCAGCUGGUCGCGGUCGAUGCGGAGGACGCAGGCCACACUCUGGGCCCAGAUGUUGGUGACGUGCUGCGGGAGGCAAAGGUCAUACAUCUGCAGUGA